GUUUUCUAUGCGAAAUGUCAAAAUACGAAAUCAUAAAAAUAAUAUUUCCCAAAUUAAAAAACAAUAAAUUUUUAUUAGAAUAGCGAAAUAGCGUAAUUUUCACCGAUGUAAAGCAAAGAAAUAUUAUAUUUGAAACAUAAGGGUACACAAAGUCACAAAAUAUACAUAUUAAAAAAAUGAACUAACCUCUUGGCAUUUGGGAUUCAACAAACAUUUGAAAAUGUACCUUAAGGAAUGAAAUGAAUCAUCAAAAUACUUGCGGUGAAGGCAGGAAACCAAAUAUAAAUAAAUAUAAGUGGCCACAAAAUGAUAAGAGAGAGAAUAACAUAAACAUUAAAUUGGGUAAUUGAAUGCUUUGUAAGAAGGGGAGAUAAUGAUUCAAGUAUUAGGUUACACACCAAAUUUGAAAUGGUUAUAGUUCGAAAUACAGCUCUCAGAUGGAUUCGAAGAUACAAAGUGUUCUUCAUUUUUGGCACCACUAUACUCCUUUUCCAAAUAUUCCUCACUUUAAAGUUCUUCGCUCUCAGUAGGAACAAUAAAGAACAAAUAUGGCAGCCUACAUAUGAAAGAAUAGAAAAAAAUGGGUACAGUAGUGAAGGAAGGAUUAAAAGUGGCUCUUUUGAUGAGGAAGUUGCUAGUAAUUUUAAUCAGUAUAAAAAUAGUAAGGUCAAAGCAAGCAAAUUUCAUUUGAAAUUGGAAGAACUGGGCUUCACACCAAAUUGUAAAAUAAGUGGACGUGAAGCUAUAUCAGCGAUCAACAGAGCAAAAAGUACGAAAUGUAAGCAUUUAAUAGCUAAUAUUACUUGCCUCAGCUUAGAAGAGAAAUUGUAUCCUAAAAGACUGCCUAAUUUUUGUAUGGAUAAGAAAAAUAGCUCAGGGAAAGCUCUUGGUUGUUUCAAAGAUGAGAAAGAUUUUAGAUUGUUAAGUGGUUAUUACGGAUUAUUCAAUAAGGAUAAUUCUCCUGAACAUUGUGUGCAGCUAUGUCUUCAAUCAGGUUUCCCAUAUGCUGGAGUAGAAUAUGGUAAUGAGUGUUUUUGUGGCAUCGAUGAACCACCAGUCAGUAAAAAGCUUCCUGAUUCCUCCUGCAACCUAAAAUGUCCUGGUAAUGCUCAUGAAACAUGUGGAGGUCAUUACACAUCUAAUAUUUAUAGUACAGGAAUCAAAAGAUUUGUUCCUCAAGUGGCCAAUACUGAAAGCAAUAACGCAAAACCAGUUCGUAUAGUAUUUUUGUUAACACUCAAUGGUAGAGCUCUGAGACAGGUCACUAGGUUGUUGAAGCUCCUGUACCAUAAAAAUCAUUUUUAUUAUAUACAUGUAGAUGUGAGGCAAGACUAUCUAUUCCGAAAACUUCUUUUUUUGGAGAAACGAUUUUCGAACAUAAAACUAAGUCGCAAACGAUUUGCUACCAUUUGGGGUGGUGCGUCUCUCCUCAAAAUGUUGAGAGCCUGUAUGAACAAUUUGUUACACUUGAAAUGGGAAUGGGAUUUCGUGUUGAACCUUAGUGAAUCUGACUAUCCAGUAAAGACAGUUGAAAAACUAACAGACUUUUUGUCUGCAAACAGAGACAAGAAUUUUGUCAAAUCCCACGGUAGAGAAGUGCAGAGAUUCAUACAGAAACAGGGUUUAGACAAGACCUUUGUGGAAUGUGAUACCCAUAUGUGGAGGGUUGCUGACAGGAAAUUACCCUGGGGUAUCCAAAUCGAUGGCGGUAGUGAUUGGGUAGCCCUGAACCGUGAGUUCGUAAACUAUGUGGCUGGAGAUAACAUCGACAGUUUAGUCAAGGGACUUCUGAAAAUAUUCCAUCAUACAUUACUUCCAGCAGAAUCAUUUUUCCAUACAGCCUUAAGGAACUCCAUUUAUUGCAACACAUACAUUGACAACAAUCUGCACGUAACGAAUUGGAAAAGAAAGCUGGGUUGUAAGUGUCAGUAUAAGCAUGUAGUAGAUUGGUGCGGUUGUAGCCCCAACGAUUUCAAACCAGAAGACUGGCCAAGGAUUCUAGGUACUGAAACUCGUACCUUGUUUUUCGCCAGAAAAUUCGAACCAAUAAUCAGCCAGUCCAUCAUUUAUCAAUUGGAGCUCUGGUUGUUGAAUUUGGAGAAGCCAAGGAUUCCUGUGAAAUCACUGAAUUCUUACUGGCAGAGUAUCUAUCACUACCAAGACUUGGGUUUGGAAGCCGAUAAAGGUUUGCAAACCAUUUCUCAGGCAGCUAUAAGAAACUGGUUAUAUUCCUUCGAAAACACAACAUGUAUUCCAAAAGUCGAUAAAAUCAUCGAAAUAACUUCAUAUCAUCACAAAGACAAUUAUAAAUAUACUCUCGUCAAGUUUAAAACAUCUUUAGGUAUCUUUCAAUUAGCUUAUUCUCAUCUUCAGACGCUGUCCUUGUUGAAAUCUUCACCUUUGACAAAUAAACUGGAGCAUCUCUCCGUCAACUCUGACUAUGAUCAAAAAGAACAAAUAUCGCGAAAUUUCGCUAGGAUACUAACAGUCCAUUCCGAUUUCGUCCUUAUAUAUCAGUUUUCUCCAAUUAUCUCCUCGAAGACGUACAACAUAUCAUUCUUAUGGAUUGACCCAACUGGGAAGCUAGUCGAAGUAUCCGAUAUUAAUAUAGAUGAAAACAAUCUCAUAGGCCAUAUUAAAGUUAAUAUGCACCAACCACACAUACCUGGAUCUUGGUCCGUUAAGUUGAUCCAUAAAAAUACCCCCUUAGUCGAAUAUAGAUUUCUAAUUACACCAAUAGAAGCCAUCGUUGAGCAACCUAAAGUAACUUCAUCAUCUUCGAAUGAGCCGGUGAAGUCCUUCGAUGAGACCUACAAGAAAUUCACACCAAACGCAUCCGAUAGGGAUGUGCUUGAACGUCUUAGCUUGGCAAACUCUCAACUGAAGGGUGAUGACCUGGAGAAGUGGAUAGAUUCCCUCUUCUCGAAAUUCUAUUCGGUGGAGAGAGAGUGUGUUGUGAAGCAAACUGAGGUUUGCAAUAGGGCGAUGAAUGUUUGCUCUAAAUCGAGCUGGAGUUCUUAUUAUCCAGAUCCAAAAAGUGCCAUAGAAGAGGUGAACAAGACUACAGGGUCUUUCGAUUUGUGGUUAUGAGACUAGUGGUUUUUGCGAAUUUUCGAUAUUGUGAUAUACCUUGGUGCUCAACUAUUUGAUAUUUAGAUGUAAAGUCAAUGGCCAUUGUAUAUUUUUUCAGAGAUGAUGGAAUCUAUGUUUAAGGAAAAAUGCCUUGGUUCACAUGGAUCUACUAUUCGAUUUAAUUUUUUAAUGGGAUAAAAUAAACGUUUUUGAAUAAAGUAGAAGGUAUUAAAGUGUAUAAAAGGCAUAUUAUAUGACAACUUCAUUUUCAAAGCGAGCAUUGAACUCUAAUUUCAAAAAGAGUGUGGUUAGUUCAGCCUUCAAGCCCUCAGAGAAAUUCAAUUAUUUCAUAAAUCUAUAACAUUUUAGACACAAUAGUUUAGUUCAAAUAAAAAAUAAUUGUAAAGAGGAAAGUUUAAAAGUUUCAACUAAUUUCUAACGUUUACUCUCAUUCUAUCAUAUCGACUGAAUAGUAACACAAAGAUAGGUUAGGUUAACGGUAUUGACAUUAAAAGUUAAUGUCAACAUUUUUAUUAAAAACAAUGAUAGGUUAAGUUAGAAGAUUUUGACUAAAUUUGCUAGAUAUUUUUCAUAUAGAGCUAGUUCCAUGUGAACCAUAACUUUAAUUAUAAAGAUUUCUGUAUACUUGCCCAGUAACGUGCAAAUCGGAGGUGGAAUUUAUGGUUUUGAAGUCCUUAGGUAACCUAUAUUAUACAGGUUGUUAAUAAACGACUGCAAAAAAUGUAAGAAUUGAUUUUUUGUUUUUUAUCAAAAAAAAAUUAUUGGACC